AAAUUGGGCGUGAAGUACAACGUUCACACAGGAAUAAAUCGCCGUUUAGACUCAUUGGACUCUUUCAAACGCGACUUCAUCUUUAAACAACAUACAGAGCAACAAAUACCCUCCUCGGGAGCGAUAAGAAGAAACUCUACAGCAGGAACCUGCAUGGUCCGCCUGCUGAGCAGUCAUGGUGCUGGAGGAAGGAGCGCGGAGCUGUCUGCUGCGCUUUCGCCGUAAACUGGAGGAGGACAUCAAGCCUCCCUUCCUGAUGGACCACAUGAUCAGUGAUGGCGUGCUGACUGUGGACGAGGAGGAGAAGAUCAGGAGUCAGUCGACCAGGAGGGAGCAGGCCGUGGCCCUGCUGGAGCUGCUGCUGAGGAAGGAUAACCGGGCCUAUAUCUCCUUCUACAACGCCUUGAUCAAAGAAGCAUACGAUGACUUGGCCAAUCUGCUUCACGGGGACCUGCCGCGCUCCUCAUCUGAUGCACACAAGAGCUCUGAUGGCUGCACACCUUAUGUCCAGGCGUUGCUGAGUGAAGGCGGCGUGCCUCAGAGGCCCGUGGUGUUUGUGAGCAGACCGGAGCCGGUGAACCGGGUCAGGGAGAAACUCUACCGGCUGCAGAAGGAUUCUGGAUGGGUCACCGUCUUCGGCAUGGCUGGCUCAGGAAAAUCUGUCCUGGCUGCUGAGGCCGUCAGACACCAGGGACUCAUAGAAGAGUGCUUCCCCGGAGGGAUCCACUGGCUCUCCAUCGGCCAGCUGGACAAACCAGACCUGCUGGUGAAGAUCCAGUCCUUGUGUUUCCGUCUGGAGCAGAGCCUGGACUCAGAGUCCCUCCACCGGCCGCCCAACUCUCUGGACGAGGCCAAAGAGCGGCUGCGCUUCCUCAUGCUGCGCCGAUAUCCAAGAUCUCUGCUGAUUCUAGACGACAUCUGGGACAGUUCAGUGCUGAAGGUGUUUGAUAUCCACUGUCGGAUACUUUUGACCACCAGAAACAGAAGCCUGGCCGACUCUGUCAGCGGAGCCAGAUAUGAGGUGGAAGUGGCAAGCGGUUUGAAUGAAGACAAAGGGCUGGAGAUCCUCGCUCUGUACACUCAAACUAAACUGCAGGGACUUCCUGAGGAGGCUCGCAGCAUCGUCAGAGAGUGCAAAGGUUCUCCUCUGGUGGUGUCCCUGAUCGGAGCUCUACUGAAGGAGAAACCAGACCGUUGGCGUUAUUACCUCCGCCAGCUGCAGCAGAAGCAGUUCAAGCGCAUCAGGAAGUCUUCGUCCUACGACUACGACGCCCUGGACCAGGCCAUGGCUGCUAGCAUCGAGGUCCUGCCCGAGGAACAUAGAGAGCUCUACAAGGACCUCACAGUGAUAGAGAAAGACAUCAAAGUCCCUGCAAAGGUGCUGUCUGUCCUGUGGGACCUGGAGACGGAGGAGGUGGAGGACAUUCUGGAGGAGUUUGUCAACAAGUCUCUGCUUUAUAUGGACAACAACAACAAACCCUACCUGUACUACCUGCACGACCUGCAGCUGGACUUCCUGGUGGAGCAGAAUCGCACACAGCUCGAGAGCCUCCACAGUAAGGUGGUGCAUCAGUACCAGCAGCACUACAGGGACGGUCCUCCCACCUCAGGAGACGAGGAAUGUCUCUACUGGAUCAGGUUCCUGACCUACCACAUGGCCAAAGCCAACCUCUCCCAGGAGCUCUACUCACUCAUGUUUUCUCUGGACUGGGUCAGCACCAAGUCCCAGAUCCUGGGUCCAGCUCACCUCAUCAAUGACUAUGUGGAGUACGGGCCCAUUCUGGACAAAGAGAACAGUGAAGUACGGAGUCAGUUCCAGGAGUUCCUGUCAGUGAACGGCCACCACCUGGAGCAGCGUCCCUUCCCCGACGUGGUGCAGCUGGCUCUGUCUCAGCCUCACAGCUCCGACGUCUACAGGCAGGCGCUGCUGCAGGCGCAGAGACAGGCCAGCACCGGGAGGCUCUACUUCGACUGGCUGAAUAAGAACAGUGUAGAAAGUCUGUCCCGUCUGGUGCUCCACCCCCACCAGGGCUCCAUCUACUCCGCCUGCUUCUCCCACGACGGAGCCAAGAUCGCCUCCAGUGGAGCCAGCAAGACUCUCAAGGUGUUUAAAAGCACCUCAGGUGAGAAGCUCACAGAGAUCCAGGCCCAUGACGACGAGGUGCUCUGCUGUGCUUUCUCCCCUGACGACCGUCUCCUAGCAACCUGCUCCAGCGACAGGAAGGUCAAGGUGUGGAACGUGGAGCGAGCGAUGCUGCUGAGAGUGUUUGAGGAGGAGCACGAGGAGCAGGUCAACCACUGUCAGUUCACCAACACAACACGACGCCUCCUGCUGGCCACCUGCUCCAACGACAAGUUCUUAAACGUCAAGCUGUGGAACCUCAACAAGCCGUCCUCCCAGAACACCAUGUUCGGCCACUUUGAGCCAGUCAACCACUGCUGUUUCUCCCCCGACGACGCCUACCUGUCCACUUCCUCCAACGACGGCACCGUUAAGCUGUUUCAGGCGUCCUCUGCCAACGAGUGGAAGACGAUCAGCGUGAGGGACAUGUUCACAGAGAGCGACGAGGAGGUCCACGUCAAGUGCAGCACCUGGACGGCUGACGGCAAACGCAUCAUAUGUGCAGCCAGGAACGCCGCUCUGGUGUUUGACGUGGAGACGUCCGACAUGUUGUUGGAGAUCAGAACGAACCGUCUCAGCACGGUGCAGUUCUGUCACGCCUGUCCGACCAGCAACCUGCUGGCACUCGCGUUCUCAAACUACGCGGUAGAGCUGUGGGACUUGGAGAACAAUAAGAAGAUGGCGGACUGCAGCGGUCACCUGAGUUGGGUCCAGCGUGUUCAGUUCUCUCCUGACGGCUCUCAGCUGCUCUCCUGCUCCGACGACCAGACUGUCCGGUUGUGGGAGACGAAGAAGGUGCACACCUCCUCAGCUGUCUGCCUGAAAAGAGACUCUGACGUUCUGUUCAAUGGUGAAGAAAUCAUCGUGUCAGCUGCAGACAACUGCAACAGACUGCAGGUGCGUGACGGCAGGACGGGGUCGGUGUUGUUCCAGUCGGAGGAGAAGUCGUCCAGGAUCCGGUGUACGUGUUUGUGCAGGCAGCCGUCUGCUGUGGCUCUGGGCCAGGAGGACGGAGCCGUACAGGUGUUGGAGGUCCCCUCUGGGAAGCUGCUGGCCACGCUGCUGGGACACACCAAGACGGUGCUGCACUGCAGGUUCAGCCAGGACGGCCAGACACUCAUCACGUCCUCAGAGGACGCCACCAUCAGGGUGUGGAGGUGGCAGUCUGGGGAGUGUAAAGUUCUGCAGGGUCACAAGGAACAGGUCCGAUCCUUCUCCCUGCUCUCCACCUCACCAGCCGACAACAGACUUCUAUCCUGGUCCUUUGAUGGCACCGUCAAGAUGUGGGACACAGGAAGUGGGGAGAAGCUGCAGGACGUGGAGGCUCAUCGGGGAGCCAUCCUGUCCUGCCACGUCUCGCCAGACGGGAGCCUCUUCGCCACCACCUCUGCUGACAAGACCGCUAAGUUGUGGCACUGUGAGUCCUGGCAGCUGGUCCUGACGCUGAGCGGCCACCAGGACUGUGUACGAAGCUGCAGGUUCUCCUGGGACGGCCGGCGCCUCGCCACCGGAGACGACAACGGAGAGAUUCGGCUGUGGAGCGUGGAGGACGGCUCUCUGCUGAAGAUUUGUUCCCGGGACGGUAAAGACGCCUUGGACUCGCUCCACGGAGGCUGGGUCACCGACCUGCACUUCUCCCCAGACGACUCUCUGCUGGUCUCCACUGGAGGAUACAUCAAGUGGUGGGAUGUGGAGAAGGGCGAGGCCCUGCAGACUUUCUUCCCGACAGGAACGACUCUGAAGAAGAUCCACGUCUCCUCCGACUUCUCCACCUUCGUCACCAUCGACAGCAUCGGCAUCCUCUACAUCCUGCAGAGAGUAGCAGCAUGAACACAAGAGAAGGCAACAAAACACCACAAUCUAACCAAACACUACGUUUUUACUGCAAAACCUACAAGUGCAGUUUGUCCAGACUGAGCUGAAGGUUCUCUGGACGGAUGGAAACAUGCUUUGUUGCUCUGAGGACUCUUGCAGAAGAAUAAACUGAAAACUGCAGCAUCCCAGAACCAAACACUUCUCUAACUGUUUACAUCUCCUCUGCACGCUUUCAUCAGAACUACAGACUUCUGACUCUGCUAAGUUGACUUUACCAGUUUACACCAGCUUUAAAUGGAGAAACAGCUCCAGGGACGAUCUCAUGUCGACUCUAAAGAUUCCUUCUCUUGUUUCUCUGUCUUACACAUGAAGUCAGUAGAUACAAAUACAUGUUUUUUACAGAUAAAAUACAGCAGAAUUUCUUAUAAAAACACAACAAUCAGCGUUUGUGACGAUCAGGUGUUCUCCAGAAGCUCUUUAGAAUCAUUAAUGCCUCGUAAAUAGGUUAACAUCAGCAGGUUAAAGUGGUCUUUGCAUCAAAUGUGAAUAUUAAAUAAUAAUCUGUAAUGCAUUAGGGCUUAUUGCAUGUGAUGUGAGAGAUUCUCCACUCUGCUGUGUGUUUAUAAGCUAAGAUGCUCGUCUGAUGAUCCGUUAGAAGUCAUUAACUGCAUUUGACUUGUCUAUGCUGUGAUGGUUUUGUUUUUUUUGUACUUUAAUAAUCCGUUUAUGCAUUUGAGGGUAAAUCUUGUCUGUCUGUUGGUUAGUUUGAACAGUUUGGGGCCUUUUAUUUAAGCUGCAGCCUUCGUCUGAAUGGGAAUACUGUCGGUACGUUUGUUCGUUUUGUGUACAUGGAGAUUUUCCUCCUCAAUCCACCAGCAUCGAUAGAACUUCUGGUGCACUUUGAUUAUCAUUAAAAAUGUAUAAUUAGAUUAACUUUUAAUGAUAAGGCAUUUAAAAUCGAGGCUAAAACUCUUUUGAAAGUCUAUUUGUACAUCCCAACUCCUCGUCUUUUUGAACUUGGAUCAAAGAUAAAUGUUUUCUACAAGAAAAUUGCAGUUUGUGAUUUAUAAUUUAUAACAAAAAAUCCACUUGCUUAUGUUAAAAGGCACUUUUUGUGCUUUGUUAAUUACGUUUCUUUUCUUUCCGACUUUGUACUGGUCCUUUUUUAACUCUCUAUACAACUUUUUUCACACAUUUUUAUCUGCACGUUGUCUUAACUACUGAGCCUUUUCCAAGCACUUUGAAGCAGGAGUUACAAUCUUUCAUCAAGCUAUUGCUAAUAUAGUAUUGUUUAGAUAUUAAAAUGAAUCCUUACUUUGAUUUGACAAUACAGAUGAGUGUUUAUUCUCAAGUAUAUGUGUGUAUGUGCAUGUAUUAAUUGACUCCAGGUCCAAUAAGAGCACAUAACGACAAUAAAUACACAAAAGUAAGGAUGCAUUUUAAUAUUUCUGAACAAUGUUGUCAUCAUUUUCACGUUGUGCUCUUCCAGAUUGGUGCUUGUCUAAAAAAAAAAAAAGAAUAGUUGUCUGCUCAGGAUGUAUUGAUACUGUUAUAUGGUGUGGUGCAAUGUGAGUGUAAUUUAUAAAAGAUUAAACUACACAAACUAAGAUGA